UGCCAGCCUGAGCGGCCUGUCGCGGCCCCUGCAGGCUCCUUUGAAGCGCCCCUCGCUACCUCUCGGCGAGUUGGGGCGCACCACUUGCUCUGUUUCCUCUAGAGUCCGCCCUCUUUGCUGAGCUCGGUGACCUGGCUGACGCAGCUGAGUUGGACGUGGAGAAUGAGAUUCAUGAAAACAGUCUUGAUAACCUCGACUUUGAUUUGGACUUGAUGUCUUGGGAUUCAGACCUUUGGGAUGUGGCAAGACAUACCUAUUUGGAUGAAAACUUGAAGGAAGAGCCUCAGUCACCAGCUACUUCAGUCUCUUCAGUCCCUUCACCAUUAUCAGAUUCUUCGGUGCAGCAUGUGCCUGAAGACUUGGACUUUAGCUCCAACUCCCAGAUGUCUCCUCUUUCUCUGUACAGCAAGAGAUCUGGAAGUCAGAGAGAGAGAAAAAACCCUUCCUGUGCUAUACAGUCUGCAAACAGCCCUGUGAGGACUCCAAAAAGAUCAAGUCAGACAACGUCCAAACCUUCCAUUCAACCCAAGCCUCUCUUGCUGCCUGCAGUACCUGAAGCUCAAGCAAGCCUUGGCAUUCAGGCCAAAGCCAUCAUUAUUCAGGCUCUUCCAACACUUUUGCCACUGCCGAAGCAACAGCCAGUUGUUAGUAUCCAGUCGGCUCCUGCUAAAGGUCAGCCACUGGUGCUCUCUCAGUCUACUGUGGUGCAGCUUCAGAGUCCUGGAGUUCAUCCUGCAUCCCAGCCAACCAUAGCUGUCACUGGAGGGCCCACACAGCUUCCCAGUCACACUGUCAACAUACUGGCAUCAGCUGCAGGAAACAGUUUAGUGAGUGGAAAAAUAGCACUGGCUAAACCCCUCCAUGGCAUCACACAAACGACAGGCAUGGAUAUUAACAUCCUGAGAAGACAGCAGCGAAUGAUCAAAAACCGGGAGUCAGCGUGCCAGUCGCGCAGAAAGAAGAAGGAAUACAUGUUGGGGCUGGAGGCAAGGCUGAAGACUGCCUUGCUGGAGAAUGAGCAGCUCAAGAGAGAGAAUGGCACACUGAAGAGACAGCUGGAUGAAUUGGUGUUAGAGAACCAGAAUCUUAAAAUCCCAUCUCCCAAGAGAAGAGCUGUGUGUGUGAUGGUGAUAUUGGCCUUUAUAAUGUUGAACUAUGGUCCACUCAGCGUAUUUGAAAGGGAUCCCAGUGGAGCUGAACCCAGUCUGAGCCUUUCCCACCGGAGCAGAAAUCUGCUGGGGUUCUCAGCCAGCCAGCUCAACGUGGCUCAGCAAAUGCCUGAUGUCAUCCCUCGGAAUAAGGAGAGAUAUGAACGUUCUGUAUCUGAUAACAAAGCCUUAAUGGUAGUAACAGAAGACCCAUUAUUGUACGUUUCUCCACCACCCUGUCAGCCGCUGGUCAACCGGACUGAGUCUCUCAGGUUAAAUCAUGAACUUCGAGGGUGGGUUCAUAGGCAUGAAGUGGAAAGAACAAGAUCUAGUAGGAUGCCUAAUAACCAAUCACAGAAAGCACAAGUCCAGAGCUCUACAGGGGAGAAUGCAGAGUCUCAGCUGAUGGCCAUGCCCCACACAGACCCCAGCAUCAGCAGGCACUCAGGGAAUGAGCUACAGGUAUAUUAUGCCUCUCCAAGAAGUUACCAAGACUUCUUUGAAGCUAUUCACAGAAGGGGGGAUACAUUCUACGUGGUAUCUUUUCGUAGGGAUCACUUGUUGUUGCCUGCCACCACCCACAAUAAGACCAGACGGCCCAAGAUGUCUAUUGUGUUGCCAGCAGUAAACAUGAGUGAGAAUGUGAUCAAGGGGCAGGACUAUGAGGUGAUGAUGCAGAUCGACUGUGAAGUGAUGGACACCAGGAUUCUGCACAUCAAGAGCUCCUCCAUUCCACAGUACCUUCGAGAGCAGCAAGGGAAUCGGAGCAGCCCCUUCUACGGCCCUGCUCCCACUGUCCCCGGGACCGCCCACAGCAUGAGCGCCGUUGUGGAAACCCUGCAGUAGUGCCCAGGAGCAUGAGGAAGCAGAAUGAUUGGGUGAUGCCAGGACAGCCUUCCCCACUGUCACCGCUCCAGCCCUAGGCCCUGCCACUUGCAGUUUAGUCUGGCCUUUCCAGGACUCCUAGAGCCCAGCCUGGGCCUGAUGCCAGCACUGAGCCCCCUCCUCAGAUGCACUGUUUUAGCAGAACCCCGUGACGCCGCCCUGCCCGGCACCCACGUCGCCUUUUCUUGUCUGAGCCAGUGAUCGCCCCGGGCUCUGUUUGCCUUUGAAUGGCCACCCUGCAGGGGUCUGAGUGGCGCUAUGGCCUGGUGGGCAGCGAGCAGGGCUGUGUGAUCUGGAAUCACUCCCUUGACUCCCAUGUGUACAUUGGCGCUAACCCAGCCCUUCCUCCCAGGUCUGAUCAGCCCCAGUGGAGGGAGGCUCUGGUCGAAGCCCCGUGUCGUCGUAUUUAUUUAGUACUCAGGCGUGUGAAUGGGCCCGUUUACUUGUGGAGGGACAAGUGAGGCAGGAUGCCCUCGACCUGGCAGCACCUUUGCCAGGGAGGGCUGAGCUCCCCUCUGCUCCCAUUUGGCGCUUAGUACCAGCACCAGGCUGGGACAAAAGGAUGCUGGCCGGGCCCGGCAGGCAGGAGGGUGGCUCUAGGCAGGCCUACAGCUGAGCUCCAUGCUGCCCAGCACCAGCACACACUGCAUGCCCCCCCAGCCACACAAGCAUUGGGAUCCCCCAGUCUAAAUUCCCCAGGUAGGAGUUGUCCAGUCCAGGAACUAUCGCCACAAGCUCUGGCUGCUGAGGCGAAGCCUGUUUCCCUGAAAUCCCCUUCUAGCCAGCAGCCUCCCUUCCUAAGCACACUCCUCUCACAGGGAGCAGGAGUUCCUGCCAGCUGAUUCCUUGCUAGGGCAUUCAUGCUGCCUCCUCCUGGUGUGCAGCGGCAGCACUAGCCUGGGAUCGUCUGUCCCCGGGGAAGCCAAGCCAUGUGCAUCUCAUGGCCGUGGGGGCAACCAGCUGUUUCCUGAAAAGGAGUUAUGGGGAAUGCACCGAAUGUUUUCACAAGGAAGCCGCUGUGUGCCCUGUGCGAACAGAGCGGGUUGGUUUGCAGGGCUUAUAAGGAGCCAGCACCUUGGUUUGCCAGGCAGUGACCUCGCUGUGGUCUGUCAGGUCAGACACAGUGGCCCCAGCUCCCCUGGAAAGGUCCUGGCCACAGUCUAGCUGCUGGUGCAACAUGGAGCUUGUCUAGAGCAGAGCAGAACAGUCUGAAGCUCCUAGGCCAGUCACUUGGGAGGUGGUGUCCCUGCUGUGUCCCUCUGUGUGUUUAGAGCAGGGGCAGGCCACAUCCGGCCCGCCGAGCUGCCGAAUCUGGCUCACGGGCUGCCCUGUUGGGAUCCUCAGGCACGGCAGCACCACAACACUUAAAGCAACUGGCUGUACCUUGUGGCUCUCUGCAUCUGGGGAUGGGGGAGGCUUCGUGCGCUGCCCCUACUCCCAGCACAAUCUCUCAGCUCCUAUUGGCUGGAAAUGGACACAGGCUCCCCUUUCCCCCGCAUCCAGGGAGUGGCCUGGGACUGCAGGAGGCAGGGAGCCUGUCUCGGGUUCUGCAGGGCUGCUGGCUGGGAGCCACCUAGGUAAGCACCUCCUGCUCAAAGUCUGCACACACAUCCCCUCCCAGAUCCUGCACCUGAAUCCCCUACCCCAGAUUACAACCACCUCCUCUCUCACCCCACACCCUCUCCUGCACCUCAGUCCCCCACCCCAUGCUCCCUUCUGCACCCAACCUCCAUCCCAGACCCCACAUCCCUGCCACAGAAAAGUCUGGAAUCUUACCAAAAUCUUGGAGUGGCCCACAUAAAAAAAUCAUUGCCCAUCCCCAGUUUAGUCCCUGCCGUGUAUUCCAGACAAUACAGGAUUUGUGGUUUUGAAAUGUCGUGUGUGAGCAGCGUGGCCCUGAUCCAAGUUACUGGUCAGCGUGCCGAGCUGUUUCUUGUACUUCCUGUUAUGGGAUGUUCAGUUUCUGUUACUCUCCUGGGUCUUUUUUGCUUGUGUGCGCCCUAGUCUUUACUGGAGCGUGGGGAGCAGCCCACGCUGCAUUGCAAGUUACAGGCCAGACAGGUGUCUGUAUUGCUGUCACUGAAGGAGAUCUGUGCGUCACCCUGAGAAGUGGUUUACCUGACAGGUUGGUUUAAUUUCACUCAUGCUUCUUCUACAUUUUUAACAAAACAAUGCCCUUAAUUUUGUCCACUGCAGUCCCCAGGUCCUUUUCUGCAGAACUGCUGCUUAGCCAGUUGGGCCCCAGCCUGUAGCAGUGUUUGGGUUUCUUCUGUCCCCAGGGCUGGCCUCUCAGACCUGCACCCAUAGCACUGCUCCGAGCCCACGGCAGCAUGGAGGAAAGCGCCUGGUGCUGAAAGGCACAAGCGUGGACCCUGCACCUGGAGCUCUGGAAGUUGUGCAGAGAUGGGCUCCAUAGGAGGCAUCAGCAAAGCCCAAGCCUGGCACAUGCAGCCCAAGGAGCCUGGGGGGGGGGGGUUUCCAGGGGCCCAUGUAGCUGCCACGCCCAGAGUGUCAAGUUAGCAAACAAGGGCCUGCUGCAGUCCCUGCCUCCUUUGCACGUUCCCCCACUUGCCCGGGCUGUGGGUGAGCCACUGCUGGCCUGAAAAUAGAGGAGUGCCUGGCCUCCUUUCCCAGCUCCUGUGGCCAGCCCGCCCAGGCCUGCAUCAGCAGAGCAUUUGCCGUUAAUUUUUCUGCCACCUGCGAGUAAAACAAACCCAAAAAUGCCCCCAGCAAUUGCAAAGGUACAAGACUGUUUAUUACUGGACGUGUGUAAAUACAAGCAGCCACUGGCAGAGCAGCACGUGUCCGACGGGCUGAGUGGCAACAACAUGGGGCAGGACCACGUAGACGGACCUGCAGGCCAGGAGGAAACCUGAGGCCCAAGCUACGCUGCUAGGACGGAGCAUUUAGUGGGACUGUGCUGCUCUCAGGCCAGGCAGAAUGAGGGAGCAGCUCCGGGGAAAUGUGACCAAAUGGCAAAGCUGAGCCACUGCCAGGGAGAUGCCAGUUAAGCAAAUACGGCUCUUGUCCGGUGCCCGUCAGCCAGGGUUAUUUACCACCAGCUGAGCCUCCUGCCCAUUGCUGCCAGCGGGGCAGAGGGGCUGAGCUCAUGCCAGGUGUGGGCCCGUCCCACAAAGGAGGCUGCAGAGCAGAAUGCUGGUGCCACGACUUCCAAUGACUGUUGAGUUAAGGCCUGUGGCUCUCUGCAGGCCAGAGACGUCAUCCCCAGAACGGACAGGCCUUGCCACCAUCACGCACAUGCCACGCUUGGGCCAUUUGUUUAGUAAAGUAACUAGCUGUAUUUAUAGUGUCCCUUCCGUCGCAAUGGUGCACUGUUCAGAAAGGAACCGGGAUCUGCGCCUUUCCCAGGAGCCACCCCGUGCAGAUGGGCUCCCAAAGCCAUUGCCUGCCCGUCCUUCCUGCUUGGGGCAGUGUCAGUGUAAAAAAGAAGCAAGGUUACACCAAAAAUAAAGGGCUUGAUUCUGGCCUGUGGACUGAUCUACAAUCCACUUUAAAAACA